GAAUCUGCGGACGGUGUGUGUUGAUGGCUUCGCAGAUUCUGGCUGCGGCGGCGGGGAGGACGGCAGCGGCGGCGAGGCGGCAAGCGGUGAGCUUGACGGAUGCGGCGGCUUCUAGAAUACGGCAGCUGCUAGAGCAGCGCCAGCGGUCGUAUCUGAAGCUGGGGGUUAAGGCGCGUGGCUGCAACGGCUUGUCGUACACUCUCAAUUACGCAGAUGAUAAGGGAAAGUUCGAUGAGUUGGUUGAAGAUAAAGGCGUGAAGAUAUUGAUCGAUCCAAAGGCUCUGAUGCAUGUUAUUGGAACCAAGAUGGAUUUUGUGGAUGACAAACUCAGGUCUGAGUUUAUAUUUAUCAAUCCCAACUCAAAAGGACAAUGCGGCUGUGGUGAAUCUUUUAUGACAACAGGUAGUACUGGAGCUACUAAGCAAAGCAGCCCCUAAGCAAUUAUGGCAUACUUGUGAUGAGCCAAGACUUCUACUAACAAUUUUUGUGCUGGCGGUGGUGUGUCAUUUAUAGCAAUCACUGCUGACAUGGUGUUCAAGUUCAUCUUCUCUGUAAAGCUGAUUCCAGAUUUCUUAACAUGUUGUAUACCUGUAGUUUCUGUGCUUGUUGAACUGUAUGAACUUUUGUAAUGGUACAUGUUAAAGCUGCCGACUGGUUGGGGAAGUGCAAAGAAGUUGUCAUGGGAAACAAUAAA